AUUCCAACUCACUCAAGCUCCCAACUCUAGCGAUCACAAAACCCAUUCCUACACAUAUUUCCUUAUCUUCUCCAUAGUGCAUUAUGGCAUCUGCAGUGGUGAAGCUUGCUUUGGUGGCUCUCAUGUGCAUUGUGGUGGCUGUCCCCGUCGCCCAGGCCAUCACCUGCGGCCAAGUGACCCAAAACGUGGCACCGUGCAUCAACUACGUCAAGAGUGGUGGCCCUGUCCCUGCCGCUUGCUGCAACGGAGUCCGCAACCUUAACAGCCAGGCGAAGACCACAGCCGACCGCAAGCAAACUUGUACUUGCCUAAAGAACGCAGCUGGAUCCAUUCCCGGAGUUAACCCUAACCUCGCCGCUGGUCUUCCCGGCAAAUGUGGUGUCAGCGUUCCCUACAAGAUCAGCACGUCCACCAACUGCAACAAUGUGAAGUGAAGAGGUUGAUGGAUACUCAAUUUUCGGCCGCAGAGAUCAUAUUAUUAUUAACCUGAGAAUAAAGUUGUGGGUGUUUAUGAGAUCCACUUGGGAUUCCUCAUGUGGGAAUCCUUAAGUUAUCGUUCUGUAUGUCAUCUGCUAGGUCACAACCUAUGUAGCUCGUCUAUCUAGGAUUAAUUAUAGUACCUAUAUUUCAAAUUAA